AUGGAAGCCAACAUUAACAAUUCUCAACCGCUAACCAAAGCCAAAGCCCCACAACCUCCAAGAACUGGCACAGCUGUUAGAAUAACCGCCAAAAAGUCUAACAGCGAAUUAAGAGAAAUUCUUCAACAAAUUUGCUCUAAAUAUCUCAAAGACGCCGAAGAAAACACACAACCAGACGCUAUAUACAAUACUCAGUUCUGUGAAGUUCUGAACAAAGCAAUUGCUAGUUCAAUUGAACUUACUAAGACAAUUCCAAGUCCAAUUGAGCUUAGCGAUGUCUUAGUUCAGUAUUUUCCAACAUUUACUAAGCUUAUAAUGUUGAGAACUUUAUACCAAGUUCGUCAAAAUCUUCCUCGUUACAUGCAACGGUCAUUCGACAAGAGAAUUGCCGAAUUCCAAGUCUUUAGUUACGGAUAUGACCAAGAUGAAUACAUUGACGAGUUCGGAGACAACUGUACAAAAUGGUUUGA